AUGCCUCCAAACGAUAGCGAUUCCUCUGAUGAUGAGAGUGGGAGCUUCACAACUACCAAUGUCUUACUUGGCUAUGCCUCGAAAGAGCCUACAGACGAUGAAUUCAGCCAGCUUGGUGGCUACCCGGCAUGGCUAGACGGAAACGGUGCUCCCUCCGCGGAACUGGCGAAAUGCAAGGUCUGCAAUAGCAUGAUGACACUACUCCUACAACUCAAUGGAGACCUACCGGGGGGAUUCCCGGGACAUGAGCGGAAGCUCUAUAUCUUCAGCUGCAGGCGAAACGCAUGCCGGAAGAAAGAGGGGACCUUGAGAGCUAUCAGAGGCAUCAGGGUCUCGAAGGCUUCCGCUGGGAAACCAAAGAAAAAGGCAAAUGGCACAGCGCCACCAGAAAUACCAAAGCUUCAACCUGCAGCUCCGAGCCUGGGCAACAGCCUCUUUAAAUCCACCUUUUCGACCUCUGCCAGCUCCAACCAGAAUCCGUUCUCGAUCUCCACAACCACAAGCUCCCAACCUACCAAUCCAUUCGCCGCUUCGCCCAACUCACACACUUCUCCCGUCUCAUCUCUCGCACCCAAACCACCUCAGCCACCAUCGACAGAUCUCCCCACAACCUUCGCCCAAAAAGCCCGCAUCUCCUCCCCUCCACCCACUCCUGCCCAUAAGGAGCCAUGGCCCUCUCCAUCCUCCCUCCCGAACCCAUAUCCCUCCUAUCACCUCGAUGCGGAGUACGAGAGUCUCGACCCCGACCCACCCACUCCGUCGAAGACAGCGAUGGACACAGACGCAGAAGGUCCAGGCGGCAAUGACGACGAAAAAGACGCCUUUGAAUCCACAAUCGACAGGACGUUCCAAAAGUUCGCAGACCGCUUGGCCCAAAACCCGCAGCAGGUGCUACGCUACGAAUUCGGAGGAGCGCCGCUGCUGUAUUCGAAGACGGAUGCCGUGGGCAGAACACUCACGCCUCCUCAUCCACCACCACCAUCAUCGUCUGGAACCAGGAUCCAGACCGUGUCCCAGCCUCGUGAAGGGAGCAGGAUACCGCGCUGUCCCAACUGCAACGCGUCUCGGGUCUUUGAGCUGCAGCUCGUGCCGCAGGCGAUUGCGGAGUUGGAACUGGAGGAGGAGGGGCUGGAGGGGAUGGAGUGGGGGACCGUGAUGUUGGGCGUUUGCGAGAAGGACUGCGCGGAGCGGGGCGUCGGGGUGGGAGAGGUGGGGUGGGUGGAGGAAUGGGUCGGGGUGCAGUGGGAGGAAGAUGCGAAAGCUAGUGCGCGGUGA